AUGAUUCAUUUGUUGAUUUUCAUUAUAAACAUAGUUAAUCUUCGUCUAUUCGAAUUAGAAGUAGUUAUGUGCACACAGUCUAUAUUUGAAAUAAAUAGAUAGUGUAUAAAAUGUAUAAUCGAACAAAUAUUCUGUAAAUAUUUAGAUCAUAGUGAAAAUUAAUAUUUUAUAUGAUGAAUAACACAAAUGAAGAGAGCACUUCUACUAGUAAUCUAAUAGCUGAUUUCGAAGAAAUGCCACCCACCAAAGCAACAAUAUUUAGGAACGUAGUAUCAAUAAAUAACACAGAUAGUGACGAGGACAUUAGAACUCAAAUUGUGGAUUCAGAAGAUGCUAAUACAUUGUCAUCAGUAAGACGGAGGGUAGAGAUAAGCAAAGAAAAAGUACAAACUGGGUCACUUAAUGUAUUAUCAGCUAAAUAUGAAAGUUUAGAUUACGAUACUUGCGAAAACUAUUUAUUAUUAGACGAAGAAAGAAAAAAGGGUUACAAAUUUAUAGUACAAAAAAGUAUAUCGAGAUGGUUGGUCUUCUUAUUAAUAGGCAUGAUCACAGCUUUAAUAGCGUGUGUUAUAGAUAUAUCCAUAGAAGAAUUAUCAACCAUUAAGUAUGCAUCACUUAGUAAACAUGUCGAUAGAUAUGUCACACAAGGCAAAUUGUAUGUACCUUAUGGUUUAUGGAUUUUAUACAAUGUGAUACCAGUUUUGAUUGGUUCGAUACUAGUCGCAUAUGGUGAACCAAUAGCUGCUGGUAGUGGUAUACCUCAAGUGAAAUGUUACCUCAAUGGUGUAAUGGUACCUAGAGUUGUAAGGAUAAAAACUUUAAUGGUUAAGAGUAUAGGAGUUAUUUGUUCGGUUGUUGGAGGCUUAGCAGGAGGAAAGGAAGGUCCUAUGAUUCAUUCAGGGGCCGUAGUUGCUGCUGGUAUUUCUCAAGGCAAAAGUAGCACAUUCAAAAAAGAUUUUAAUAUUUUUAAAUAUUUUCGAGAAGAUCAUGAAAAAAGAGAUUUUGUAUCAGGCGGUGCAGCUGCCGGUGUAUCGGCAGCUUUCGGCGCCCCAGUCGGUGGUGUAUUAUUCAGUUUAGAAGAAGGCACCAGUUUUUGGAAUCAAAGUUUAACUUGGCGAACAUUUUUUGCUUCCGUAGUUUCAACAUUCACCCUCAACGUUGUACUUUCCGCUUACCACGGUGUUCCUGGUAAUUUAAGUUACCCGGGUUUGUUGAAUUUGGGUAAAUUCGAUGGUUUCAGUUAUGAAUUCUUCGAAUUGCCCAUUUUUCUUGUUAUGGGUGCUUUCGGUGGAUUAUGCGGAGCCCUGUGGAAUCAUAUUAAUUACAAGAUAACAGUAUUUAGAAUGAGGUAUGUUCGCCCCAGGUGGUUGAAAGUUGUUGAAGCGUGCAUUGUGGCCGCAGUUACCGCUACUGCAGGGUUUUUGAUGAUGUUCAUUAUAAACGACUGCAAACCUUUGGGGUUAGAUCCAACGAAAUAUCCAACUCAGUUGUAUUGUGCCGAUGGAGAAUACAACGUAUUAGCCAGUAUUUGGUUUCAAACUCCUGAAGCGUCGGUUAGAUCGUUGUUUCACGAUCCUCCGAAUACUCAUAACGCUUUAGCGUUAGCGUCAUUCGUCGUCGUCUACUUUUUUUUAGCCGUUUGGACGUUCGGUUUGUCGACGUCAAACGGUUUGUUCAUACCGACAUUAUUGACUGGAGCAGCCUGGGGUAGAUUAGUCUCCAUUGGGAUUUAUAGCAUUUUCCCAAAUUCGGUUAUCGUGUCGGGAAAAUAUGCUUUGAUAGGAGCCGCCGCGCAAUUAGGUGGAGUAGUUCGAAUGACAAUUAGUUUAACUGUGAUAAUAAUCGAAACUACAGGUAAUGUAACGUUCGCCUUACCACUUAUAAUAACGUUGAUAGCAGCUAAAUGGACUGGGGAUUUCUUCAACGAGGGUAUUUACGACACGCUAAUCCAGUUAUGGGGCAUCCCAUUACUUCCAUGGGAACCUCCACCAUUAGUCCAUAAUAUAUAUGCUAGUGAAGUUAUGUCACAUCCAGUGGUUACAUUAAAAUGUGUAGAGAAUGUUGGGCAUAUUGUGGAAUUAUUAAAAUUGACAUCUUAUAAUGGAUAUCCGGUGGUAGAUCCACCCUUAACAGAUCAAAGCGAAGUCACUACUUACGGUCGCAUUAGAGGCCUGAUUUUGAGAUCACAACUUGUUGUAAUACUGCAAAAGAAAAUUUUUAAUGAGACCGCAGAUGAUUGGGACAGUAUUAGUGCUUCAAUUUUCAGAGAUGCUUACCCUAGAUAUCCAACGAUAAAGGACUUGGUUAUAAGCGACAUAGAAAAAACUUAUUAUAUAGAUCUGCGGCCUUUUAUGAAUCCAUCUCCUUAUACAGUACUGCACUCAUCAUCAUUACCUAGAAUGUUCAAAAUAUUCAGAGGACUUGGUCUACGUCAUUUACCAAUCGUUAAUGACUCGAACGAGGUUGUUGGUAUGGUAACGAGAAAAGAUUUGGCGCGAUACAGAGUAUGGCGGCACCGAGGCCACAUGGGCGUAGAGGAAUUAUUAAUUUCCAAAGAAAUAUAGUGAUGGAAAUCAAAUCAUUUUUAUUUAUUAGAUAUUUGUUAUUGAAAAACUAAUUGUUUAUUCGAGAUUUUGUAUGUAUUGAAGUAUUUUUAUAUUUUAUCUAACAAAUAGACAAUAAAGAUUAGCAAUAGUUUAAAAUA